UGGGCUGCUAGCUGCGCGCCCCUCUUAGGAUCGCAGGUAUAGGUUGGUUUUUACCUCCCAGCCAUGUGCUCGUAGAUUCGGGAAUGCGGCUGCUGCUAGUGGCCUGGGCCGCGGUCCGCGCCGAGGACAAGCACUGCGACUGGACCAGUUACGCAACGCGCUACGCCGAUGUGCGCGCGGCGUUCGGGUACGACGAGCAUGCCCUGCGCGCGCACUACGUCGCGCAUGGUCGCGGCGAGGGCCGCGCGUGCGCAAUCAAUGAGGCGCCGGCGCCGGCGCUCGCCUGCGCGCCGGAUUGCGACCUGGGGUGGGCAGCGGGUUUAGUGGAGGAGGCGGCGCGGCCCCAGGCCUGGACCGCGUGGGACGCACCGGGCGGCAUAUCCGUACAAUACCUGUCGCGCCCGGAUAUGGCCCACGGCGGCGGGAACACGGCGUUCGGCGCCGCGCUUGUCGACAAGGCCGCGGCUCUGGGAGCGCAUCGGCGGUGCCUCGAAUUUUGCGCCGGGCCGGGUUUCAUCGGAUUUGCUCUCCUGGGCCGCGCCGCGUGUAAAAAUCUCGUGCUCGUCGACGUGAAUCCGCUCUCUGUCGCCGCUGCACGCGAGACGAUCCGGGUUAACGAACUUGGAGAUCGCGCGGUCGCCUACGUGAGCGACGGCCUCGCGGGCCUGCCGCAGUCCGAGGAGGGCCGGUUGGACCUCGUUGUUUCGAACCCGCCCCAUUUCGUUUCGGCGGACGCCUGGGACGCGUGGUGGGCCAUGGUCGGCGGCGCGCGGACGCCGUCGUCGGACAGAACGCGAGCCAUGACCGUCGACGCGGGCUGGCGCCUCCACGCGCGUUUCUACGCAAACAUAGGGCGGUUCCUCGCGCCCGGGGGCCGCGUCAUCUUCCAAGAGAACGCGGGCGGGUCAGUACUUGAAGAUUUCUCGUCGAUGGUCCGCGCCGCACGCGACGUGAAUUUUGACAAGGUCGAGGGGCCGGACGUACACGGUUAUUGGUAUUUAGAAGUUACCCGGGCCGAUCCUAUCCAAACCACGCUUGAGGAUCUCAAAAAUUAUGGCUUUGCCGUCGUCUCACGUACGGACGCCGGCGCUGACACGGCAACGGACCUGCAGCUGUUGCGCGCCCGCCUCGUGGCGCGAUUAGAAGAGGCGGAGGUCUGCAAAACGAUGUUUGGUAGUCCGAGCUGCGCGACGACUGAUGAGUCGGCGCAUGACGACCACGCGAGCUACCGGCUCUGGGGGUUGCUGGGCGACGCCGCCGUGGGGCCGCUCGUGCGGCCGCUCGUCGACCUGCCGGUAAUACGCGGCAUCGCCGCAGCCCGCCUCGGCGCCGACCACCAGGUCCACGGUUGCACCGUCUACGUCGGGGCGCCGUCCACGCGCGAAAACGUGUGGCACUACGACUUCACGAACCAGGAGGCGGCCUUUCGGAUGCGCGAGACGCGGUCGCACCGCGGCGAACACGGCACGCACCUCGCGGCUAUGGUCUUCCUACAGGACACCGACGCACGGACCGGCGCCACGGUGGUCGCGCCGGGCUCGCACCGCUGGGCCGCCCGGGACUUUGUGACGGCCGGACAGGUGCGGAAUUUUACGGAGACGGCCGCCGCGGCGGGCGCGGCGGGCAUAAACGCGACACGUAUCGCCGUCGCCGUCAAUGAGGGCGACGUCCUCUUCUUCGACGGCGCGCUGCUCCACGCGACCGGAGCAUUCCCGGCAGGGGCCGCGACGCCCGCGGCGUUCCGCUACGCUGUCGUGAUCCACUUCGCCACGCAGCGCGCGUCGCGCAACUGGCACCGGACGGCCAUGGGAACAGCUUAUCUAGGCGGCCACGCGCGCCUCGAGACCAGUUUUGAGGAGGAGACGGUGCUCUUCCACCCGGAUGAUGAUUUGGACGCGAUCGCGGUUGCGUUCGCCCGCCGCCGCGGCCUCGACGCCGCCGCACUCACGGAAGCGCUCCGUGCGACGCGGCGCAGGUACCCCGCGCCGGCACCGCCUCCGUGCGGGACCGGGGCGCGCCAGGACGACGCGUGGUCCGAGCGCUUCGCCGAGGUUGACACCGCGACCGCCGGGCUCCGGAACCUGGCGCCGCACGAGUACGGUCAUUUCAACGGGCCGUGGCUCGAGAACGCGUGGAUCGAUCGGUGGCGCAAUCAACCGAAAGAGGCGUUCGGCGGUCGCGUGCCCGUGUUCGCGCAGUGGACGGACGCGGUCUUUCUGCGAGGGACGGACGAUGCGAUGGACGCUGCCAUGGCGGCAUCUGUAGAGGCUCUCAAGGCCGCGAUGCGGCCGGACGUCGCGUACGUCACUCUGUCCCAACACGACGAGGGCUUGCGCGUGCUCGACGUGGGCCUCGCGGCUUCGAAAAACUUACUGGUCCUGAGCGCGGGCGGCGCGGGCGACGUCGCGCUGCCGCUCGUUGCCGACGGGAUCACGCGGCCAUUUGAUGAUGGAGGCGAAUUUACGGCGGCGCUACUGCCCCGCAAAUACACGUUCCUCCUCUGCGGCCGAGCGACGCACGCCGUCAGAAGGCGCAUUGCGGACAUCAUCGCGGGAGAUCCGACGCUCGACGCCGCCACGGUAACGUAUUUUGGUCAAGACUGGCGCUCCCGCCUCAACGAGGCGACGUACGUGGUUGCACCGCGAGGGUACGGCCGGAGCUCGUUCUUUCUCUACGAGUGCCUUGCCGCAGGCGCGCUACCGAUCUACGUGUACGACGACGAGCCCUGGCUCCCGUACGCGCUACCUGUCGACGUUGUCCGCGUCGACGCGCUCGGAGACGUGAUGAGGCGACUCCUGGACGCUCCUCGCGCCCCAGACGACCUAGCCGCGCGGCGCGCGGCCGCACUCGCUACCGCUCCGCACCUCUCCUUCGACGGCCUCUGGACCCACGUCGCGGACUUUUUCGGUGGUCGAGGACCGCUCCGCUGCCGACCAAGGCCAGCCGCGACGCAGACGCCGUCGCAAGUGUUGCCAAACGCAACGGCGCCGUUUCGUGAGAUCGUGGUGAAUCUCGUACCGCCGAUGGGCGCGGCGCCGGGCCCCGAGGCGGUGAGGUGGUUUGCGAACGAGACGGCCCUCGACGCCGCGCGCCGCUUCGCGGCCGUGCACGGCGUCGCGACCGCCCCCGAGUGUGACGUCGCGUGCGCCGUCGGUCGGCUCGAGGCCGUGAUGUUGAGAGACGCCGACCGAAGGCCAAGCGUCACUGCCAACAACUGUGAGACAUACACCGAGUGCAUGUCCGCGGCUCGUGCCCGGGCCUUGUAGAAUUAUUCGUUGU